AUGAUAAAUCCUGUGGAGGUGCUGGCCAGUGCAAGCGGAGCAUCGGCUCCUGCGAUCCGGCUGAUUCUUUCCGUGCUUUUGGCCUACCCAAUCGGAUUGCUCUACCGACAGCUGAAGCAAGGAUCGACCCAGCGGAACCUGUACAUUGCCUUCACCGGUCUAUCGAUCGUGGCGUUCAACUAUGGCACCGACAUCUACCACAGCCUGCUGGCGGUCGCGGUUACCUUCGUGUGUAAUGCCGUCCUCGGCACGAACAAACUGCUGGUGCCGGUGUGCUUCACCUACCACAUGGGAUAUUUGUUGAUCGGAUACUACUACACGACCAGCGACACGUACGACAUUAAGUGGACCAUGCCACAUUGCGUGCUCGUCCUGCGGUUGAUCGGGCUAGCGUUCGAUCUCUCCGACAGCCGGAAGAAGGAACGAGAUGGCAAACCCGACGCCAAAUGCAUCCCGGCCCCGUCCCUGCUUGAGCUGGUAGCCUUCACCUACUUCCCGGCCACGGUGCUCGUUGGGCCGCAGUUUAGCUUCCUGCGCUACCAGCGAUUUAUCGCUGGAGCCUACGAACCGUACACGCAGGGUGCACCUGCCUACGCGACAAAGAAAUUCCUGCAGGGCGUGUUCUAUCUCGUGGUCAACCAGGUCGGCACGCAGUACGUGUCGGACGCGUACCUCAUGUCGGCGGAAUACGAGCAGGAGUCGCUGUUUAUGAAGCACAUCUACCUGGGGUGCUGGGGACGGAUCACGCUGUACAAGUAUAUUUCGAUCUGGCUGCUCGCGGAGGGUGCCGCCGUGAUUUAUGGUUUGACCUACAUCGACGCAAAACCGGGUGAUCGAGAGUACUGCUCGGACGAAUUAUCCGGUUGCAGCAACAUCAAGGUGGGUGUGUUCGAGAAUACGAGCAAAUACGGUCACUACGUCGAAUCGUUCAACGUUCAAACGAACACGUGGGUCGCCAACAACGUGUACAAACGAUUGCGCUUCCUCAACAACCGCAUGCUUUCGCAUCUCGGUGCCCUGUUCUUUUUGGCGAUCUGGCAUGGCUUCCACAGUGGCUACUACAUUACAUUCCUGCUGGAGUUUAUGGUCAUCCGCAUGGAGAAGGAGGUGGAACCGAUUUUCACGAAAAACGAAAAGCUCCAACAACUCCUUCAACAACAACCGUUGCUGCGGGCGCUCGUUUUCGUCGGGCUGAAGUACUACACCAUCGUUUGGGCGGGCUGGUGUCUCGUUCCGUUCGUAUUUUUGAGCUUCCACAAGUGGUGGCACAUCUACACGGUGGCUCGUUUCUCUGGCUUCAUUCUGUUCAUCGGUGGAAACAUUUUCCUGGCACCAUUCCUGCGAGCCGUACUGCCUAAAUCGUCUUCUUCGUCCUCCCAGGCGGCGCCUGCAAAGCCGACCUCGUCCUCCUCCGCUCAAGAUGAUAGCGCAGCGUCCGGUACGAAACCGGCCGCCAAGAAAGACAUCUAACCGACUUAUCCCCGCAUCCCGGUUUGUCACAACACCCUUCGUGAGAAGGAUCUGUGUUCCGCUGAACACUCGCAGCUGUACGUACUGGAGCGCCGUCGUGCGCCAUCAACGUGAGAUCUCGUUUUAAACUUUGCGGCGGACGGUUGGAUGAACGAUUUGAUACAUUUUCUUUUUUACCCUUCAUUUACCUUCCCUCGUUGCUAAUGAGACAGAAAAGCGUGCUCUAAGAGUGUAUGCUCAACGGAACGAUUGCGCAGAGCAUGAAGAAAAAUUCUAACAAACAAGUAUAUUCGAAGCCAUCCUCUUGCAUGAUAGCCUAUCAGACCCUUAGCCUAAACAGCGUAUAUUACUGCUUGAAAGCGAUUGAGAUCGGUUGCAAUUGAACGAUUGUAAUAAAUUUGCUUCGUCGAUAACUAUAUAGCAUUACACCAAACGUUGCCGAAGCACUUAAACCCGUAGGAGACAGGAAAAACAAAAUCUUAAUAUUCUAUUCCCGUUUUUACUAUGCUCCGUACCUUAACCGUUCUUCUCGUUAUCUUCCAAACAGCAAGUGGAACAAGACCGUACCAAGACAGUGAAUAUUUAUCCUUCCAGAGUGAAUUAUUUUCGCGGCUUCGUGCACGCGGGUGACCGCAAAAUCGGAUAGUUACCCGUGUAGCACCGUGUUGCCACGCGUUAUCCCUGGCGGUUUGUUACUGUGGCGAUGCGAAAUCCACGAGAUAAGAUAACUGCGACCCGUGAAGAGCGGGAUUAAUUUUAGAAGAAGCCCUAGAAUAAAGCAGUACUAGUCAUAUUCUGCGUUACGAGAGACGUGAAACAAGUUAAAGCAAU